CGCGCAUCCUGUUACUCUGUAACCAUGGAAUCUAAACGCACUUCAGUCGCCUCGUGCAUAGCUGCACCACAUAAACCGGUCGGUCUGCUAAUUUAACGCGUUUCCCGAGAUGGAAAAUCGCAAGGUUAUUUUUUUGUGAAAAUUGAAAAAAUUGGCAGCAAAGCAAUCAAGCCCUCAACAUGGUGAACGCCAUUGAAGAGGUUUUUAAUGAUUUGGGGUGGAGCGACGGAUUUAGAAUGCCCAUUGCUAAUGAAGAGAAUAAACGGCUGGAGAAAGAGAUCGAGCAUAAAACGCGAAAGCGCGCGGCUCUGAAAAGCCAGCUGGAAACGACUCUCGAGCGUAUCGAGGACAUCCGGAAGCAUGCAUCGGACAUUCGCCAAGAGCAGAGCCAGAACCAGCGUCUCCUGGCCGCUCACUCGGCUCAGGUCGAGACCGAGAACCAGCUGUACCGUCAGGCCCAAGCCGACGAGUCUCGACUGGCCCGGCAAAUCCGCCAGUACGAGCGUCAGGCUCGAGAUACCGCGGAAAAGAUCGUCACGCUCCAGCAAAACGUCUCGAGGAUGAGCAAGAAGCUCGAUGCCACCAAGAAGAAUAUCCAACUGGACAAGGACAGACUGCUGGAGUGGGAGGAGAGGUUGAACAAGAAGGAGGAGAGGAAUAUGGUCAUCGAGCAGUUCGUCAGGUCGGACGAGAAGACUUUCAAGAAAAUAGAACUGGAGCGACAGGCUCUCAGCGAGAAGGCGGAACUCUAUCGGCAGUCCGUGAUCAAAGCAGUCGGAGAUGUUGACGAAUUGGAGCUCGCUCUGGACAGGACGGCGCGACUCUACAGCCAAGCAGUCAAGGACCGGCGACAGUUGAUGAACCAGUGGUCCCAGAGCGUCCAGGUGCUCACUCAACGCGAUAAAUCCAUUCACGACGCGCUUCAAGAGAUAAAUCUGCUGAGGGAAAUGGCCAAGGGGAGGAUGGACGCGUGCCAGGAAGCCGAGCGCUUUCUGGCGAUCCAAGAGACGGAAAACAAGGAGCUCGAGCACGGGACGAAGCAGCUUGAGAAGGAGCUCGGCUUGCGCAGGGAGGAGCGCCUCAAGCUGACGGAGAUGAUCGACGCUUACUCCAUUCAAGUUCACGCUCAGAAGAAGCAGCUACAGGAGUUGGCGCGUCGCACGCAAGAGACCCGGGCCAAUUUGAGGCGCAAGAGGGCUGAAGUCGAGGAGAAAAGGUCGAGGCUGCAAGAUUGCAAGAAGAGGCUCGACGAUCUGAAGGAGACGCUGCAGAGGAUAGAGGGCCAGAAGAUGAGCAUCGAAGAGCGGACGGCGCAAUUGCAGGAUAUGCUCGAGAAAGAGGAAAAGCGCAAGGCGACGAUCGCCAAGGAAAUAAAGCGCCAGCAAACUCUGAUCCUUCGCGCUACGACGCGAGUGAGCGAGCUCGAAGGCGAGCGGAAGCUCCUGCUGCUGCGCCAACAGACGGAGGCCAAGACUUGGGAGCAGCUCCUGGCCGAGCAGGCCAGAGAGGAGAGGAGUCUGCGGGAGAAGAAGGACGGCGUCUACCGGACGGACGUCGAGCUGCAAAAGUCCGAGAUGCGCUUGCAGAACGUCCUCGGGCAGGAGAGGGACAAGGACGAGCUGGAGUCGAAGCGGAAAAGGCUGAAGCAGCUGCAGAGGACGGUGAAGGAGAAGAGCGAGACGGUCAAGACCAUGCAAGCGCAGCUCGCCCAGGUCGAGAACGAGGUGCGGAGGAUGACGAGCUCGAUGGCGAGCAACAGCGAGGAGCUCCAGCGAGUGAGGAGCAAGCAGCAGGAGCUGCUGGCUUUGAUAGAGGGUGGCGAGAAGCAGCUGAAACAGGCUCGGAGCAACUACGAGGAGAGGAAGGUCGAGGAGAGCAUACUCGAGCUGAAAUUGAAGCAAGCCAACAAAGUCGUGCUGAAGGUCGACGACAGGCUGUACGACCUGGAGAAGUACUCUAUCCAGAUGGAAGCCGCGAUGCAGGAGCGGCGCUCGGAGAUCAAAGUGCAAAAGGAGAGCCUGAACCUCCAGCGGCGCGUCGUGCUGACGGACUGCGAGGAGCUGCGCAAGACGAUAGCCGAGCGCAGGUCGCGAAUCCAGCAACUGCAAGCGCGAUACGACAUCCAGGUGGCCGCGCUGGGCAGCAAUCACGAGGACGGCGCGCCCUUGACCGCCGCCUACCUCAUGAUACAGAGUGCGCAGGAGCGAUACCUACUGCAAGAACGGGGCGAUCGGCUCGACCGCACGAUUCGAAAGGCCGAGCAGGAGAUCCGCAGUAUGGAGAACACCCUGCGUCUGGUGAAGCUCUGCAACGACAAGUACAAGUCGAGCCUGUCGCUGGUCGACGAGGACGGCCCGGAGAAAUCGGAACAGCGCCGGCUCGGCGAGGAGCUCUACGAGGCGCUCGACUCGCUCAGGCAGCGGCGACAGGCCCUCGAGCGCGCCCAGGACGACUACAAGCGCAUGGGGGACAACUGCGAGCAGCUGGAGAAGGACAUCGAGAGGCUGAAGGACGAGAAGGAGAGCAAACGGCAGGCGGUGAGCGAUCUCGAGCGGCAGAUAACCGAUCAACGGGAGAAGAUCUCCCGAGCCGACAAGAAGCUCCGCAAGCUCCUCAAGGACAUCCAGAACAAGUGCCUCUGCGCCGAGGACUCGACGAUCCUUCUCCAAGAGCGAGACCUAGCGGUGCGCGAGCUGCAGGAACAAAACACCUUGGCCCUGCAGCGCAUCACCGAGUUCACCAUUCGGCACUUGGAGGCCGAGGCGUACGUGAAGAAGCUCCUGGCCGAGCGCAACAUCGAGCUGCCCUGCACUUAUUACCUACUGAGACAGCAGGCUACCCCCACCUCGUCCAGUCGCUGCGACAGCGUUAGCAGCACCUGUACGGCCAAAACUUGCAGUAGGACGCAGCAGCAGCAGGCCGCAUCCGCGAGGGAGGGCCUCGUGCUGGCUCGCUCCGUGCUGCUGCAAUUCGACCCGGGCUUGGAAUCUCCAAAAUCGUCGAAAUCCACGGUAUUCUCGAGCAGACGGAUUCUUAAGAAAAAGUGAAAUAAAUACUGUAUCUGGAAAAUAACCUACUGAUGUAUUACAGAUGUAAUUUGCGACAGGAACUCGAUGUAUUAGAAAUAUGAAUUUUGUAGUCUUUUUAUAUAUUGUAUAAUUCGUUAUUACAAUUAGCUUUUAAUUCAAAUUAA